UUUAACAAAGCAGCACGCUCAAAAGUCUCUGCUAACCGAAUCUAUUGCUUGACAGGUUCCAGCCGGUUCAUCAUUAGUAAAGGACUUGAUUGACUAACGAUGGCAGAUAAAGAUGGAGAGCCCUUUGAUGAAGCAGUGGAAGAACGCGUCAUCAACGAGGAAUACAAAAUUUGGAAGAAAAAUACUCCAUUUUUGUAUGAUUUGGUUAUGACACAUGCUCUGGAAUGGCCUUCACUUACAGCUCAAUGGCUUCCUGAUGUUACAAGGCCUGAAGGCAAAGACUACUCAGUGCAUCGUCUCAUCCUUGGUACUCACACUAGCGAUGAACAAAAUCACCUCUUGAUUGCAUCUGUCCAGCUUCCUAAUGAGGAUGCUCAGUUUGAUGCUUCACAUUAUGACAAUGAUAAAGGAGAGUUUGGAGGCUUUGGAUCAGUGAGUGGUAAGAUUGAAAUUGAGAUCAAGAUCAACCAUGAAGGAGAAGUCAACAGGGCUCGCUACAUGCCCCAGAAUCCUUGUGUGAUUGCCACUAAAACACCUUCAUCUGACGUCUUGGUCUUUGACUACACAAAACAUCCUUCUCGCCCUGAUCCUAGUGGAGAGUGCCACCCUGAUUUACGUCUGAGAGGACACCAGAAGGAAGGUUACGGUUUGUCUUGGAAUCCAAACCUUAAUGGUCACUUGCUGUCAGCAUCUGAUGAUCACACCAUUUGCUUGUGGGAUAUUAACGCAUCGCCGAGAGAGAAUCGUGUUCUCGACGCCAAAACCGUAUUCACUGGCCACACAGCAGUUGUAGAAGAUGUCGCUUGGCACUUGCUUCACGAGUCCUUGUUUGGUUCCGUUGCCGAUGAUCAGAAGCUUAUGAUUUGGGAUACUCGCAGCAAUAACACCAGCCGGCCCUCCCAUACCGUGGAUGCUCAUACGGCUGAAGUGAACUGUCUGUCAUUCAAUCCUUACUCCGAAUUUAUUUUAGCUACCGGAUCUGCAGACAAAACUGUAGCUCUUUGGGAUUUGAGAAAUCUUAAACUCAAAUUACAUUCGUUCGAGUCGCACAAGGAUGAAAUCUUUCAAGUCCAAUGGUCACCGCAUAAUGAGACUAUUUUGGCUUCGUCUGGCACCGACCGACGCUUGCAUGUCUGGGACUUGUCCAAAAUUGGAGAAGAACAAUCCACCGAAGAUGCCGAAGAUGGCCCUCCAGAAUUGUUGUUCAUUCACGGUGGUCAUACGGCCAAGAUCUCUGAUUUCUCCUGGAACCCGAAUGAGCCCUGGGUCAUCUGCUCCGUCUCUGAGGAUAACAUCAUGCAAGUUUGGCAAAUGGCUGAAAAUAUUUACAACGACGAGGAGCCUGAGACGCCAGCCUCAGAACUGGAAACCCCUACUAAUUAAUGCAUUUCCAGUGUAUCGCUCUAUACCCUAUUUCUCAUCGUUUGAUUCUUUACUGUCCCACGUACACGCUCAUCUUUUUUUUAACAUUCAAAUCUUCGAAUUUGGCCCUUACAUCGCUUGGAGAUCCAAGUUUGUGUAUUCAAUAAAUAGCUUUCCGCGA